ACUUUCCCGAAGCGAAUUCUGUAUUUCAGGCUAUGCAUGCUCAACUCAUGGAACUUCUUUCCUCUCGGAGUACGUUGAUAGCGGUUCCCAUUAAGGCCCCUCCGUUACCGACCCGGUGUGCCCUUUGUUUCUUUUUGGGGAUAUGGUUGUUCGCGGACCACGAGAAGUCGCCCGGAAAAGGUUACCCUUGUUCUGCCUUGACGACGGGACAUAGAUAUAUCAUGAGUCUGUGCUCCAAUAGCUACUCUACUCUCUUGUCUGCUGAUUCUUAGUGUGCGCCCGGUGCGUCUCCGACUUGAAGUUCGCGAUUCAUCCUUUUCUCUCGGUGUUCUUAUACGGACGAAAUAGCAUGUCUUGGCCGCCGAAUCCCCUCUAUCCGCAGUCUAUGAUGUGGCCACAGCCAUCUGUCCUUCCGCGCGAGAUGUCAACGCCGGAGCCGCCGCCCCUCAAGCGCGGUAGUCAUCUCGUCGAUCUACCGCUUCUCACUCCCGGCCUCACCAAUCGUGACUCGGGACUCGCGGAAUUGGGGGUCGCCGAGCAGCCAGUCAACCUGUUCGGCGAGGUCGUAUCUUCCCAGCCAUCCCCGAAGACCUCCUCUGAACCGGACACGUCGUCGAUCAACCGUCUUCCCUUCGAGCUCCUCUCCGAGAUAUUUUCCCUCUCGUUACCCCUCGUCGAUCGCUCCUGGUCAUUUGGCGAGACCCUUGCUGCGCGGAAGGGUGGAAGCAGCCCAAAUGUGCCUUCGCACCUUCGCUCGCCCGCUGUCCUUACGGCUGUUUGUACCCAUUGGAACGCCGUUGCGACCAGUACUCCCCGCCUCUGGACUAGAAUCCUUGUCGACGACCUCUGUGCGCGCCGGCAGCUGCACUGGGUCUCGCUACAUAUCAAGCAUUCGGGCACUCUUCCCCUCGUUCUACAUAUACGCACGAAGCCUCGGGACCCUCCCUCAGCCCUUGUAGCCUUACUCCAUGCCAUUGUCCCUCAUGCAAAACGAUGGCACACAAUCGUUCUCUUCGCAGAUCGCUUCAGAGUCGCCGACAUGCGCCUCUUGUCUACUGCGCGUGCGGAGUCGCUGGCGUCAGCUGCAAUCUAUGAAGCGUAUUCAGACGUCCGUGAUCAGUUCUGGUCGUGGGCCAUGUCGUUGUCAUCCCUGCGACGGGCCACGCUCUCCCGCGAGGACGACAUACCUACGCUGAUGGAUCGGGCGCCAGAGAUAUGGGAAAAACUGCAGGAUCUAAGCCUCGUGAAGAGCGCAUUCGAAACGCUGGACAUUCUGGAUCUUCUGCGAGAGUGCCCACACAUAGAAACGCUGCAUGUCGAUGCGUUCAAUUGGCCCAUGCAUCGCGGCAGUGACGACCUUCCCAUGGUCGAAGCUCGAAACCUCCAGACGCUCCUCGUAGUCAACAGGGCCACUGACACACAUACCUUCUUCCGUCAUCUUCGCGUUUCCCAGCUUCGCCACCUUGCCAUCGCCGAUUUCGCCCCUCAUUGUUCGAGUCCAGACACUCAGAGGGAAAUGUGGUCUGCCGUCGGAAAUAUGCUUACGAGAUCUGGCGCACGGCUCAGGCGUUUCAUGUAUACUGGCGAUCAGGAGCAGCUAGUGGAGCUAGUACAGCUUGACGCCCUCCGGGACCUAGAGGAGUUGUCGGCCUAUGAAAUGACGGCCACUAAGAUACUGCUGGAAGCGUUGAUCGUGGAGUCAGGCAGAGGCUGCCUUCUCCAUCUCAAUGACCUUUCUCUUGGACCUACGUACGAUAAGGACGCGGUGUUGGACAAGAUGGUGCUAUCUCGUAAGGGUACGCUACAGAUCCUCGAGCUAUGGUCCGUGAUCUAUCCGUACGAUUUUACGGUCCUGAGAGGGGCGUGCGCUGACUGGUUGACAUUGUAUUUCCGGAAUAUGCCAUGCUGGUACUAGUACAGAAUACGUAUAGGUUUUGCAUCAUAUCAUAGCUACACAUCCUAAAGCAUCAGUCUACAUACUGCAUACACCUUGCAGGGAGAAAGUGCUCUCGCCGUAGGCAACAACGUUCGUCGUCAAGCUCAAAGGCAGAUGCUCCACGACCUUGCGUACUGU